AUGAAUUUUCAACUUUUAUGUUUGAUAAUCGCGAACGCUUUUAUAUGGGCCAGCGCCGAUGAACAGACCAUUAGUAAAUGUGAUAAAAAUCCUUUGGGCGAACUCACCUUUCAGUUGAGCGGCAACAGUCUGCUGUGGCCCUGUGAUUCGACCAAAAAUAUUUACGUGCAAUCGGGUCGUUAUGUGCCGCGAAAUGUUAUAGUGACGCGAGCCCAAUUGCAGCGCGACACGGCUUAUGUGGCCCUGCCACGCUACAAACAAGGUGUGCCCUUCACAUUGGGCAAAGUGAAUUUGAAGAAGGGCCUGUGUUUGACAAAAAUCGCUCCCUAUCCCUGUUGGGCCAUACAAGAGGAAGGCAAUUGUCAGGCCUUGCAAUCGGUGGUCGAUAUUGCCAUGGAUCAAAAUGGUCUAUUGUGGGCUUUGGAUGUUGGCAUCGUGAACACACUGGAGCAACCCAUACGACGUUGCAGUCCAAAAAUUGUUGCCAUUAAUACGGCCGAUGGCAAAGUAGUCAAGAGCAUUGACUUGAGUGACUUGGUAACAUCCGAAUCUCGCUUGCAAUUCCUGGUAGUUGACUAUGGCAAGGAUAAUAAACCUUUUGUUUAUGUUGCAGAUGCUGGCGCCCGAAGCAUUCUUGUCUAUGAUAUCACCGGAGCCAAAUCAUAUCGCAUUGUUUUACCCAAAGCUACAUGUCCCACCAAUGAUGUACUGUACAUCGCUUUGGCCGCCCAACCUGAUGGCACUUCGACACUGUUCUUUACCUAUUUGAGCUCGCCCCGUCUGUACUCCAUUAAGGGUGAAUAUUUGCGUGUAGGCCAGGGUGCUGGCUCCAUUGUGGAUGUGGGCGCCAAACCAUAUGGCAAACAGACAGUUUUAUUGGGUGCCGACGGAGGCACUUCACUGUUCUUCCGUUACAAAGGUGAAAAUGACAUCUACUUGUGGGAUUCGGAGACUUGCUUUAAACCCUCAAAUCUGCAGGAAGUUCAACGUGGCGGUGAUUGUCGGCUGUCAACGCAGGUAUUGCCAGGUCACAAACGUUUUAUGUGGGCUUUGGAAAGUAAUUUCCAUGAUUUCAUAUCAGAACGUACUGGGUGCAAUGGUGCUUCAAUUAUUCUUCAUCCCGUGGUGCGUGAGUGUGAUGAUUAA